CUACUCAAAUUUAGAGCACACGUCAUUGCCGUCAGUCCCUCCUCUCGCCGGCAGGUCACCAUUUCUUCGAACCGCGUCGUAAUCGUUCCUCGACUUCCGGAAUUCAACAAAUCCGGCGUGUAUGUGUAAUUUGGUUACGUUGUUUAGGGCAUGGGUGAUUUCAACAGUUGAAUUUUUUUGUUUCGUGUUUUAAAGUAGUUGAAUUGAGUUUGCAAAUCAAAGGAAAGAAUGGCUGUAGAUACAAAUUUUACAGGGUUUUUAUUAGAGAAAGUUAAAGUGGAGGAUCCAUGGCUUCCUCCUAGAACUUGGGAAUCCAUCCCUUCCCAAAGUGGAACCUUUCUCUCUUCUUCUUCUUCUCAGAACCAUCAGCUUCUCGCAGAUACUUCCACAGUCUCCGAGGCAAGUUUGGUGAGGUUAGCUCUCAAUGCACUGCAAGGUGUACAAUCUUCUCUUGUUAGCAUUGAGAAGCUCACUGCUGCAUUCUCUUCUGAUCCUGCAGAUAGGAGCUUCCAUCGAAUUCCUAGUUUAUGGAAUCGGUCUUCUAGUACUCAUGCUUUAAGUAAAAUUCUCAAGUCCAUUGGUUGCUCAGGUUUCUUGGUUUUUCUUCUUUGUGAGUUUGUAGAUUAUUUCAGAAAUUCGGAUGAAAGUUUGAUGAGAAAGAAACCAGAAAAAUCUGAAUUAUAUGAAAAGAAAAAUGAUUGUGACAAGGAGGUGAAAGAGAAAGAGCAGCCUCGUUAUAGUCUUGUCAAUCAGGCAUUUGCUGUUGCGGUGGAAAAGGUUUUAGAAGGGUACAUAUGUGCACUGGACACUUUGUAUGCAUCUGUAGGUUUAAGGCACGCAUCAAAGAGUGUUGAUUUGCCUUUGCAUACAUCUUCUGAAGAAGGAUGCCUCACAAGUGUUGUGCAUUCCAAAAUCACGCUAUUGGAGGUGUACCUGCACACAAAAGAAUUAAGGACUCAAAUUGAAGCUCUUGGAAAUAUAUGCAACCUACUUGAGAUAGCCAUUUGCUUCUCUGAAUCUUCUUUUGAGGAUCUAAACGCUAAAGCAAUCUUGGAAUUUCACAGUUUUUGCAGAGGUGGAGAUCUGCUUACUUAUCUGUAUACACAGCUACAGGUUGCUGAUCCAGCACAUCGUUCUCUACUGAAGUUUCUCUUGCUUCGGUCAUUUGAACCGUAUUUUGGUUUUAUAAGAUCGUGGAUAUUCAAAGCUGAGAUCAAUGAUCCUUUUAAGGAGUUCAUGGUAGAAUAUGUUGACAAUUUACCGCAUGAUACACAUGUUAAAGCAGACUUUGCUAUCGACUUCCACUUGGCAACUUUUAGGGAGCAAGACGGAGUUUCCGUUCCUUGUUUUUUGAAGCAAUUUCUUAUUCCACUUGUCAGGGCUGGCCAGCAGCUUCAAGUAUUAAUGAAAUUGCUUGAAUUGUGUAAUAGUGUUUUUCCUGGGGACCAUACUUAUAUGGAUUUUCUUCCCUGUUGGAGUGGUUUCUCCAGCGAUCAUCCAUUUUAUGCUUCUUCAAUAACUUUCAACAAAGGACAUAUAGAAACCAUGGUAAUUGCAAGAAAUGAUUACUACAAAAAGAUGCUGGAAAAGCUUGAAAAUCUUUGGACAAGAUUAGAAUUUAGCUAUCAACAGCCAAUAUUUGGUACCCCUGCCCCUUUCCCUUGCCCUGUAGCCACCUUCCUGCUCAUGCUCAUAGAUUGAUUAGAGGUCAAGAGUGUGAU